GUCGUUUGUGCGCAAUUUGAUCCAGGCCUCUCCAACAAUGUUACCUGCUAAAACGUGGUCGCGUUUCCGUCGUGCCUACUAGUUGGUAGUAUUGGUUACAGCUAGCUCCGUGUGACAAUGGCCGAACCAUCUGUAGGCCUACAGUAUUUCAGGGGGGAAUCUUUGAAGCAGUUAAUUCAUGCGGCCUCAUGUCUACCUCCUCUGCAACCUUCACGAACGCACAAAGUCUUUUUUCGUUGUGACCGAGAUCCCAAUAGGCCACCUAUACCGUAUCCCGACAACUACUGUGAUAAGUGGAAUGGAUCUUAUGUACGUAUGCCAUGUUCUCCUGAAAGCGUGUAUCCGAUUUAUGAAGGUGGAGCUAGCAACCUUGCUUCUAGAUGGACUAUGGUGGAGAAGGCAUUAAGACAGAAAAUAGGAUCUUUCACUGAGCUGAAGGAAGCCAUUUUAUCAUACAACUCUCGUUUCAAGUCAUCAUGGAAUUUCAAGGCUUUAGAAUACAUGUGUAAAGAAAAUUUAAUCCCUGACGGAGGAAAUGAUAACUUCUUUAACAAUGCUCUCCCCAGUCUUUGUGCGUUGGCGUUAAAUCUACCUGUUUUUGUUACAAAGCCUAUUCCUUUACUCAGACGUGGAUGUAAACGUUCACUUACUUUAAGUCAACUACAGAUAGCCAGUCUUUUGGCAAAUGCCUUCUUCUGUACAUUUCCCAGACGUAAUUGUCACGGUCAAGAGGCAGAGUAUGUCAAUUUUCCUGAAAUUAAUUUCUCAAAUCUGCUGUCAGCAAAACCUAUCAGUCAGCAUAAUAUAAACAGGACGCUGCAUGUUAAAGUUCAAAAGUUACGCUGUAUAUUGCAUUAUUUUCAUCGUGUUUUAAAACAUUUUCCCGUUGGAUCAAUAACAUUCACAAGACGCCGUUUAGGUGAUCUGGCACCAGAUUGGUUAGGCAGUUUAAUUACAUUUGAUCAACUGCGAUUGCAUGUUGAUUUCGCGAAUUGUUACUUGGGUGGCGGUAUUUUAGGCACUGGAUGUGUACAAGAAGAAAUUAUGUUUGCUCUACGCCCAGAAUUGUUAAUUAGUUGUUUAUUUGUUGAAUGUUUGGAUCCUGAUGAAACACUUAUUAUCGAGGGUGCGGAACAAUAUUCAGUGGGUUCUGGUUAUGCUGAUAACUUUUGUUGGGCUGGAGAUUUUGAUCAUUCAAAGAGUGGGAUGAAACGUGAUGAAUGGGGAAGAUGGAAUUACGCUAUAGUAGCAAUGGAUGCUACACCGUAUACUGAUCCUGUAGAACAAUAUAGUGCUGGGGAAAUGCUCAGAGAAAUAAACAAGGCUUAUUGUGGAUUCUCUGAUGAGUUGUUUCCUAACAGAAAACUACCAUCAGUUGUCGCUACUGGAAACUGGGGAUGUGGUGCUUUUCGUGGUGAUGUAGAACUAAAAUGCAUACUUCAAAUGAUGGCAUGUGUACAGGCGAAGAAAUCUUUAGCUUAUUUUACUUUUGGAGAUAAGCAAUUUUGUGAUAGAAUUUACGAAAUUCACACACUACUUUCCUCGCAAAAGGUGACUGUAGGAAAUCUUUGGCGGAUUCUAAGUGAAAAUUCUGAAUCUCUCUUGGACUAUAACAAUUCUGUAUUUGAUUUUAUUUCGCAGACUUUCGAAUGUAUGAAGUAAUCUAGAGAUGUAAAAUGAUGAUAUUCAUUUUUAUGUGCCAAAUCUUUUGUACUUCUGACUUUUUUUUCUAAACUAAUUUGACCUAUUAUUAUUGCUACUUUUCCUGAUUUCUUGUUUUAUGGCAUGCGGGGAUGGAGUCGGUAGGUAAGUGGGUGUGAAGCAUUUGACCAAAGAGAUAUCACACAGACUAAAAAUCGCUGAUUGUAAGUCGUGUUGACAAGAAAAAACUGCGUAACAGAGCCUCAUCAGCUGAGUUUCCCGAUUAUCGGUGACCAGACUUAAAUCUGAAGAACUACCAUUGUAAACGUGUCAUUAUAUACUAGGUCACCUUGUCACAUUUCCUUUCUCUACAUUAAAUUGUAACGGCCUGAUAUUAGUAGCAGGUAGACAACAACAUGAGUGCGUUUACGCCUUCAGUGUUGAAUUUUGAUUCGUAUCACAUAGUCCCUAACUGUCAACUUUUGUUUUUCU